AUGAAGGGGGCAGCAGCAGAACAGCCGCGGGCCACAGAGGCAGCAGCAGCAGCAGCAGGACUGCCGUCGCUGCCGCCUCUCCCGUGUGUGGGUGCAGCAGCAGCAGCAGGCAGCGGAGAAACAGCAGCAGCAGCAGCAGCAGCAGCAGCAGCAGAAGAAGUGUAUGAAGAGGGUUUGUGUCUGGAAAUGGACAAGUUGAUUUUCAGGUGUACAGACACCGAAGAGCUGCUGCGGCUUAGCGUCGCCCACCGCCGUCAGGUGUAUGUACACAACUUGGUGAGCCUGCUGCAGCAGCUCACGCUGCUGCAGCAGCAGCAGCAGACACAGCAGCAGCAGCAGACACAGCAGCAGCAGCAGCAGCAGCAGCAAAUGCAGCAGCAGCAACAGAAACAGCAGACGCUGCUGCAGGAGCAGCAGACGCUGCUGCAGCCGACAGAGCAGCAGCAGCAGCAGCAGCAGCAGCAGCAGCAGCAGCAAGAGGCUGACAGCAGCAAAAAGGAGACAGCUGAGUGUGGGGCCCCACAAGAAGGGUACUUGCUGCUGCUGCAGGACCUGCAGCAAAACGCCUCUCUCCUCACUUUUGCUGCAGCAGCAAAAACAGCACUUUGUCUUUUCUUUCUUAAACACCCCCACUACCCUUUGCUUUCCGCUCUUCUUCCAAAACUCACUCCAAACAAAUUCGCAGUUUUCUUCAAACAAAAAACUCUUCAAAUCAAACCAGGGGGCCCCCCAGGGGCCCCCCUGGGGGCCCCCCUGGGGGCCCCCCGGGGGGCCCCCCAAGAGGGCCCUUUGGGGGCCCCUGGGGGCCCUUCAGAGGCCUCUGGGGGCCCCUCUGGGGGCCCCUUGAGUUUGGAUUUGUGUGUGAGUGAAGCUGCAAAGAUAGUAAAAGAAAUACCUUUAUUGGUGAGUUUGGCAGAAGUGUACAGAUGGGCAGGGUACAAAGACACAAAACUAUUUAAUUUGGUGGCAGAGGCGCUGCAGUUCGCAGCCAGAUGCAUGCAGCAGCAGCAGCAGCAGCAGCAGCAGCAGUGGGCAGCAGGCAGCUCAGCAGCAGCAGCAGCAGCAGCAGCAGCAACAGCAGCAGCGGCAGCGGCGGCGGCCCGCCCCCUGCAGCAGCAGCCGCAGCUGCUGCCCGAGCAGCAGCCGCCGAGCCCCCCGCAGCCCCACAACCAGCAGCAGCAGCAGCAGCAGCAGCAGCAGCAGCAGCAGCAGCAGCAGCGGGAGCUUGCAGCAGCAAGCGCUGCUGCGUGCAGCCCGCAGCUGUUGUCCAUUGCAUUAGACAUUUUGUCUCGAGUGCAUUUAAAAGACCCUCGAGUCUUCAGCAAUUUGUGUUUGAGUGCAGCAGCAGCAGCACCGUUUGCUGCUGCAGCAGAGCUUGCUGCUGCGGCUGCUGCUGCUGCUCGGGGGGCCCCCCCGGGGGCCCCCAGCAGCUUGCUGCUGCUGCAGGCAGUGGCGCAGCAGCUGCUGCUGCGCUUCAAAAGAUUUACUUUAAGUGAAAUAGAAAGCUGCUGCUCCGCCUUUUGCUGCUCGCGGCUGCACUACCCUUUGCUGCUGCAGCAGCUGGCGCUGCGGCUGCAGCAGCACUUGCUGCUGGCCAGCAGCAGCAGACAAAGUGCAGCAGUCAGCCCCAACGCCGUCUGCAGACUUCUCAAAGCUGUCACUUUCUUCGAGAGGCCUUUUGCUGCUGCAGCAAACCGCCUCCAGCCAGCAGCAGCAGCAGCAGCAGCGGGAGCAGCAGCAGCAGCGGGAGCAGCAGCAGCAGCGGGAGCAGCAGCAGCAGCGGGAGCAGCAGGCACGGCGGAGCACGCGCUGCAGCCGCUGCAGCAGCUGCUGCAGCAGGAGCAGCAGCUGCAGCAGCCGCAGCAGCUGCUGCAGCAGCAGCAGCUGCUGCAGCAGCAGCAGCAGCUGCAGCAGCAGCAGCAGCAGCGGGUAAAUAACAGCGCAGAGGCGAAAAAGGGCAGCAGCAGCAGCAACAGCAGGCAGCAAAUUGGCCGCCUUAAAAAAGAUUAA